AUGGCGCAAGUAGGAGCUAACAUGGAAUAUCAAGAAUAUAAAUGGGCUUAUUCAAUUAUGGACUCCUCAAGAGUGUCUGCGUGUUUGAUAUCCAUGUUGCUUAUUGUCUACGGCAGCUUCCGCUCUUUAAAUAUGGAACGCGAGGCCCGGGAAAAGGCGGAACGCGAAAGAGAAGCCUCUUUAUUGGGAAACAAAACACCGCCCAGUAAUUCAUCUAGCAAUAAUGUACAAACUUUGAAUACAAUGCAGGCGUUGUGUUUCCCUCUUGGUUCUUCUGUAGCGCUUCUCGUUAUGUUUUUCUUCUUUGACUCCGUGCAAACGCUCGUCGCGAUAUGUACAGCCAUCGUCGCCUGUGCGGCGCUAGCGUUUCUUCUAACGCCAUUGUGCCAAUAUAUCGCUGGUGGGAAUAGCCGGGCAGCGCUCUGCGGCAGGUACUCCGCCCCCGAACUAGCAGCUGCCUUGCUAGCUGCGGGUAUAGUUGCGGUCUGGGUACUAACUGGUCACUGGCUUCUCAUGGACGCUAUGGGUAUGGGGCUUUGCGUCACAUUUAUCGCGCUGAUCCGGCUGCCCUCGCUGAAGGUGUCCACUCUGCUUCUCACUGGACUGCUCCUAUACGACGUCUUCUGGGUUUUCUUCUCGUCUUACAUUUUCACUGCCAACGUUAUGGUCAAAGUUGCUACUAGGCCUGCGGAGAACCCGAUGAAUGUCGUCGCGCGCCGGCUGCAAUUAGGCGGCGCGAUGCGUGAUGCUCCUAAGCUGUCAUUGCCGGCCAAGCUCGUAUUCCCAUCGAUGCAUCAUCAGGGCCAUUUCUCUAUGCUCGGCUUAGGUGACAUUGUCAUGCCGGGUUUGCUUCUAUGCUUCGUGUUGCGAUAUGACGCCUACAAGAAGGCUACACUCGUCUGCCAGAUGGGUCAAGUUCCUGGUCCCCGAUCUAUGGGUUCCCGUUUGACCUACUUCCACUGCUCUCUAUUGGGGUACUUCCUGGGGCUGCUGACGGCGACCGUGUCCGCUGAAGUGUUCAAGGCAGCGCAGCCAGCGUUGCUAUACCUCGUGCCCUUCACGUUGCUGCCAUUGCUCACCAUGGCUUAUGUCAAGGGCGAUCUAAGAAGAAUGUGGAGCGAACCGUUCAUAGCGCCACCUAACGGGAAGCUUGGCGCGGAUUUCGACGUCUGA